AUGAUUUAUUUAACUGUUUUAAGAAACGUUAAGGAUGAUACGGAGACUACGAAGCAAGCAUCGCAGCGAAUAAAAGACCGCAUACAGAGCGACUACCAGCAACAAAUUGUGUACGAUGGAGCCAGACCAACCUUGGCGCGAGACGAUUUCAAUGUAUCCCACCACUUUCCUGUUGUGGUUGCCAUUGUUGACAGCCAACGAGUGGGUGUUGAUGUCACAUACUCACACUCACCUCCCCACUUCACACACGACGAGUGCACACAACUUUUCACGAGAGUGCCCAAAACCGAGCAGGAGUUUCUGCUGCUUUGGGCACUGAGGGAGGCUCGUCUAAAAUAUACCGGCGAAGGAUGCAGAGAAACGCCUCUGCCAAUUGGCCCAAUACCAGAUCCGGCUACGCUGCCUGAACUCGAGUCAAGCGAAUUCGAUCCCCCAACCGCCACGGUUGAAAACCACACCCUUUAUUGCUUCAAAAUCCGGGGUCAGAUCUCGGCCGCCCAAUGUCGCUUGGUAGCCCUUAGUCAGAUUGUGAUCUUGGCUUGA